UGCUGACACGCGCCCAGCUGCAGUCUUGUGACUGCAGGUGAUCCACCAGCUCUGUGUGUGUAUAUAAGGCGCCAGUCCCCACUCAGUCCCAGGUACGACAGGGUGCGGGACUCACCAGGAACUCACCUGUUCUUCAGAAGCCUUCUCUACUCCACGGCAGAGUCAACUCCAGGAUGCUGCUUCGUGUCACGGCACUCGCCGCGCUGUUGGCGCUCACCCAGUCGCUCAGCGUGGAGCAGCUCGAGUGGGAGUCGUGGAAGACUCACCACGGCAAGAGCUACGAGAGCGAGCAGGUUGAGUCUCUCCGCCAGCAGAUCUUCCAGUCCAACCUGCGCCUCGUCCUGCAGAACAACCUCCUGGCCGACCAGGGCAAGGUGUCGUACCGCCUGGAGACCAACAAGUUCGCCGAUCUGACGGGCCGUGAGUUCCGUGACCUCGUGGUGGGCCACUGCCUCCUGAACCGCACGCGCCGCGAGCCGCGCGCCCCCUCCACCUUCCUGGCCGCGCGGGACGCCGUGGCGCCGGCCAGCGUGGACUGGAGGGACAGCGGCUACGUGACCGGGGUCAAGGACCAGGGCCAGUGCGGCUCCUGCUGGGCCUUCAGCGCCACGGGCUCGCUGGAGGGGCAGCACUUCGCCGCGACGGGGAAGCUGGUGUCGCUGAGCGAGCAGCAGCUGGUGGACUGCUCGGGCAGCUUCGGCAACAACGGUUGCGAAGGAGGCCUCAUGGACAACGCCUUCCAGUACAUCAUCGCCAACAAGGGCAUCGACACGGAGGAGUGCUACCCCUACACCGCCAUGGACGGAGUCUGCAAGUUCAAGCCGGGCUGCAUCGGGGCGACAUGCACGGGCUUCGUGGACAUCCCCUCGGGCGACGAGGCCCAGCUGAAGCAGGCCGUGGCGUCCGUGGGUCCCGUCUCCGUGGGCAUCGACGCCAGCAAUCCCUCAUUCCAGCUGUACGCCUCCGGCGUCUACGACGAGCCGAUGUGCAGCAGUCAGCAGCUGGACCACGGAGUGCUCGCCGUGGGCUACGGCACCCAGGACAGCGCCGACUUCUGGCUCGUCAAGAACAGCUGGGGCGCGGACUGGGGCAGCAAGGGCUACAUCCUGAUGAGCCGCAACAAGAACAACCAGUGCGGCAUCGCCACCGCCGCCAGCUACCCCUUGGUGUAAGCGGCGAGAUGAACCCAGCCAACAAAUGCCUCCUGACCAGACACAUCCAGAAGAUUACACCAACACCUACACACAUGUAACCCUCAAUGAACAUUCCAUCACCAUCAAGUCACCCCUAUCCCCAACCUUUGAAAAGACCUAUAUACCCUUACGUGCUAUCGAAGUGAAUUGCUUUCGCCUGUAAUGUGAAAUAAAAAAAAUUCAAACAGA